UGGUCGGUAGGGGGACGAAUGUCAGCAGUAGAUCAGUUACUCACCGUCAGUCACUACCCAGCACGGCACACUUCUCAUCUUCAUCGCCAUUAGCCAUGUUGACGACAUUCGCAGGAGCGUUAAGCUGCCAGGUAGCCACCGGGCACAUCUUUCAUAUACGCGCCAAAUCCAUCGACGAUGCUGAAAGAAUCGAUAUCGGGUUUCAGGCAGACAAGACCAAUGAGUCGGACACCCUGCUACACCUAUCAAUACGCUACGAAGAUCAACGGAUUGUACGCAAUGCCCGGUUGGGUGGUCAGUGGCAACAGCCCGAGCAACACUGUGAUCCAUCGUCGAAGGUGCUUCAAAGGAUCGUGACCGGCAAAGUGUUUACCGUGUACAUCCUUGUCGGCGAUCAGCAGUUCCACAUCGCGUUCGAGGGUAGCCACAUUUGCUCGUUUCCCAUCAAAGGCUCGCUAGAGGGCAUCAAAUCCAUCACAAUUACGAAGGACGUUCAUCAGGUGCUGUGUGUCGACCAUCGUCAGUCCUUCCCGUUUCCCUUUCCGGCCCUACAGUCUGAGGAUAGUUCGUACUACUUUUCGAACGAUGUUCCCAAACCAUUCCUGCCAGGGCACAUCAUCAUCCUAACUGCUAUCCCGUUCGGGAAUCCACGCGGCGGCUUCAUCUUGAAGUUUAACGAAAACGGUAGCAAAAAGCAGGCGCUCCACUUUAACCCUCGCUUCGAUCCGCACUACGUCGUCGUGCGUAACUCGCACGCAUCCGAGGCUCUCGACUUUCGGCAGGAGGAACGUUCCGGUGGCUUUCCGUUCAUUAUCGAUCAGCAGUUUAAGCUGGCGAUAGGGUUAGCGGAGCAGGAGUUUAAAUUUGCCAUCAACGGUAGCAAGUUCGAGACGUACACGUAUAAGAACCACCGUCAGCUCGAUGUGCUGAACGGAUUCCGCAUCGAGUGUACGAACGGGUUACAGCUGGAGGUGACUGCUGUCGACCACUACUAUUCCGGCAUCCCGAACUGUGACGGCUUUGAGGAGUAUUCCGAUCCGGACGUGGACAUUGUAUAGCCCACGCUACGCUAGCAACUUCAGGUGGAGCCUUCAGGCCCCGGUUCGAUAUCUUUAGCAAGCUUGAGACAGGAAAAAAAGGCCACAGACUGUCCAUACUGUGCAACUAAUUUUUCGUAGCGAUAGCGAUUUUGCGGGCAUGCGCCUUGUUUGUGAUUGUGUCAUGCACGAGAUUCACAUAAAACGUCGGGUAAGGAAAAUAAAUAUAACUGCAGUGUGACAAAUAUCUUAAAACUGACCGUUAUCUUACUUCACUGAUCAAACCGAUCACUGAUAACCGUCGCCAUGAUAGCAGUUUGCCCCUUUACUUGGACCGUACUCCUUCUGCUCGAGAUACGAUAAACGUUCUGUAAGCCUGCAUGUAUGUGAGAACCUGCGAGAAGUUGGAAAUAAAAAACGAUGUUCAGCUCUCUGCUGUUGGAUUUCA